GCAUGUAUUACAACAUCAGCAAUUGAAAAGAUGGAUGAAGAGCUACCUGAAGAAGAAAAUCUUUAUAUUUUACAACAAGAGGAAACAAAUAGUGACUUACAGUCGAAAUCAUUCCCGCCUAUAACACAGCAGAUGCCAAAAUGUGAUAAAGAUGUCCAUAUUAUUGCUAAGCCGAGCACGUCCAGCAGCACAAUAAGAAGAGAAGAAAGUCCGCGGAAGAAAAAAUUGCAACAACGCAUUGUACGAUUGCAAGGGAGAGUAAAAACACUGGACGAAAGAAACAGACGGCUUCAGAAGAAAGUGAAGAUUUUAAUUGUAAGGAAGAAAAAAGCAGAAAAAGAGAAGCUUAAGGACCAUGAGAUUCUACGUCAAUUAGGUUGUAAGUUUUUUUCUCCGAUUUUCGCACGAUUGUUAUCUGCCCAAAUUGAUGCGCAAAUUAAAAGCAAACAUGGAAGACAGUAUAGUUCCGAAUUUAAACAAUUUGCUUUAG